UCCCCACCACCAAAACAGUAAAAUAUCACAGCCAGAGCCAGCUAAUAUCUCGACGACGUCCCUCUUCUCUCCUCUUCUUCCACCAAUCAAUGAUUUUAUAGAAAUCCGCCGUCUUCUUCUUUCUCUGCAUCUGCCGUGGCGCAGAGUUAGGGUUAGGGCUUGUAACUCAUAAUAAUCCCUUCCAUGGAAGCUUCGUCUUCAUCCUCUUCCAACUCCAAUUUCUUCAAGUACUGCUACUGCUCCUUGUUCAAGCUCCCUUGUCGCUGUUUCUGCUGCUGUUACUGCUGUUCUCAACCCUAAUUCCGCACUUUUAUUCACCUAUUUAUAUACAUACAUACAUACAUAUAUAUAUAUAUAUAUAUAUAUAUAUAUAUAUAUAAUCACCGUCGUCGCAGUCUGGUUAGGGUUGGAUUUUUGAUCCUCGCCAUGGACUUGUCCCACCCUCGGUCGACCCUAUCGCUAGGGUUUUCAUCGCAAGCGUCGCCGCCGACAAAAACGCAAAUCGCCGAUGAUUCUAUCUUUCUUCAGCUGGACUCGAGCCUGCGCGACCACUACUCGGUUACGCCAGUGCCGCUUCAGUUGUUGGAGCCGCAGGCGGAGCAUGGUAUGAGGACGGAGAAUGGAAAUUCGGAGAGGACUGAACCCGUCGAUAACGACGAGGAUGAUAGGGAGGUCGAGGAGUUUAGGAUUUUGGGGCACUCCAUGUGCUUGAAGCGGAGAAGGGACAGCGAAUCGUCGUCUUCGUCGUGUACCACCGGUUUUCCUAAGCGGGUCUCCUUUGGGCCUGAUCUUGAGGCGAGGAACGCUGCGGUUCGGAUGUGGGGCAACCAGCCGCUGGAGGUUGCCGAUCGUGACGUGUUUGAGAUCAUGGAGAAGGAGAAGAAGAGGCAAUUUAAGGGAAUUGAGCUCAUUGCCUCGGAGAAUUUUGUAUGUAAGGCUGUUAUGCAAGCCCUCGGAAGCCAUUUGACCAAUAAGUACUCGGAGGGAAUGCCUGGCGCUCGGUAUUACGGCGGGAAUCAGUACAUUGAUGAGAUUGAAACCCUCUGUUGGGAGCGUGCAUUGGCUGCGUUCAAUCUUGAUUCGGAAAAUUGGGGAGUGAAUGUUCAACCUUACUCGUGUACCUCGGCAAAUUUUGCAGUGUACACGGGGUUGCUGUUGCCUGGUGAUCGUAUCAUGGGUUUGGAUACGCCAUCAGGAGGGAACACCAGCCAUGGAUACUAUACUCCGAAUGGGAGGAAGGUUUCUGGGGCUUCGAUUUUCUUUGAGAGUUUGCCUUAUAAGGUGAACCCUUUAACCGGUCUUAUUGACUAUGACAAGCUUGAGGAGAGGGCACUUGAUUUUCGUCCGAAGAUUCUUAUUUGUGGUGGGAGCUCUUAUCCCCGCGAAUGGGAUUAUGCGAGGUUUAGGAUUAUUGCCGACAAGUGCGGAGCAGUUCUAAUGUGUGAUAUGGCUCAAAUCAGUGGUUUUGUUGCAGCCAAGGCAUGUGACAAUCCUUUUGAUUACUGUGACAUUGUUACUUCAACUACUCAUAAAAGUCUUCGAGGUCCCAGAGGAGGCAUAAUUUUUUACAGGAAGGGGGCUAAGCCAAGGAAAAGGGGGGCAGUUUUAGGAGAUGAAAGUGAAAACUAUGACUUUGAGGAGAAGAUAAAUUUUGCUGUUUUUCCAGCUUUGCAAGGUGGACCACACAAUAACCACAUUGCUGCUCUUGCCAUUGCUCUAAAACAAGUGGCUACUCCUGUGUACAAGGCAUAUAUGCACCAGGUGAAGAAAAAUGCCCAGGCACUAGCUUCUGCUUUGUUGAGAAGAAAAUGCCGGCUGGUGACUGGAGGAACAGACAACCAUUUGCUACUCUGGGACCUUAGGCCUUUAGGAUUAACAGGUAAGAACUACGAAAAGGUCUGUGAAAUGUGUCACAUCACACUCAAUAAGAUCGCAAUUUUUGGUGACAACGGAACUAUCACCCCUGGCGGAGUAAGGAUUGGUACCCCUGCUAUGACGUCAAGAGGUUGUCUGGAGUCUGAUUUCGAGACAAUUGCUGAGUUUCUCCUCAAAGCUGCGCAUAUCGCUAGUGCAGUACUGAGAGAACACGGUAAGUCGCAAAAGCUGUUCCUAAAGGCUCUGGAGAACAACAAAGAUAUUGUAGAGCUCCGGAUCCGAGUCGAAUCUUUCGCAAGUCAGUUUGCAAUGCCAGGAUUCGACAUUUGACUUGGCUUUGGAUCUGCAACGCAGAAGGACUGCCAUCUUUUUGUUCCAGAAAGAUCUCUGUUGCGCAUGUCGACUUUCAAAUGUCAUUCUGUGGUUGUCCUCAACUUUGUGGUUGUCUCCUUUGUUAUGUUUGGCAAUCUUUAAGUAGCCAUCCUCUUGCCGAUCGCUGUAACACGGUAUAAUACAGGGGGAUGGAGUAACGGAGUCGGAAUCGUUUUGUUGAUCGAUGUGCUGUUUGGUACAGAGGUGGAUUCAGGAGUUGGGAGUCGGCAUUGUGGCUGUGGCAGAAAGGUAAGUACAGUGGUCAGUGGCUGUACAGGAAGCAAAAUUCAUAUUCUAUAGUUUUAUAUGACAUUCAAGAUUAAAUCUCCGGGUCGUUUAUGAAAGGUCGGUACAGUACAUGCAAUGUUGGGUCAAUAACCCUUUGAUCCCAGUACAUUGUGUUCUUUGUUCUUGCAAAAUAGAGAUAACUAUUGUGUACAGCAGCCGGUCAUGCCUUAAGACAUCUUAAUGAAAUUCAAAUUUGACUUGGAAAUUUCAGUAAUGAAGGUUUGAUCCAUACUUUCUGAACAUUAUCGUCAAAUUAAAAUUUUUGGAUUAAUGAGAACC